AUGACCGAAAGUCACGAACCCCAGUCCGAGAAGGACAUCUACCAGCUCGAGAAGGCGGAUGCAGGCCAGACUGUUGACCUGGAUGAAGACGAACCUGAGAACUCCAAAAUCGAAGCUGUCCGUCUAGUUGUGCCUAUCACCGAUGACCCAGCGUUGGUCUGUAUCACCUUCCGCUUCUGGGUCCUCUCUCUCUUAUUCUCCAUCAUCGGCUCAGUCAUCUACCAAUACUACUUCUUCCGUGUCGCCUCGGGUAGUUUCUCCAUCUACUUUGUCAACCUCGCCUCCUACGCCCUUGGUACUGGAAUGGCCCGGGUCCUGCCGACCAACAAGUUCACCAUCGGUGGGUACUCCAUGUCGCUCAACCCUGGCCCCUUCAACAUCAAGGAACAUGCUGUCAUUGGUAUUGCCGUCUCGACCGCCGCCACCUCUGCUUAUGCAAUCGAUAUCCUCACCGUCACCGAUCUGUUCUUGCACCAUCGGGUUAAUGCCCUGGGUGCCCUCAUUCUUAUCUUCACUACUCAGUGUUUGGGCUACGGUAUGACUGGCGCUUUGAGAAAGUACUUGGUCUACCCUGCUGAGAUGAUCUGGUGGAGCAAUUUGGUCCAAGUCGUCUUUUAUAACGCUAUGCACAACACCGACGAGUUCAAGACCAAGAAGAUGAUCCGCGGGUGGUCGUAUAUGAAGUACUUUUGGGUCUUCUGUGGAGGCAUGUUCGUUUGGGAGUUUAUCCCCCAGUUCCUGGCGCCCAUGCUUGGGUUCUUCUCGUGGGUCUGCUGGAUCGCUCCCUUUGACUUCAACAUGUGGGGGAUCUUCUCGACCUACUACGGCGGCGGCGUCCUCGGUCUCUCCUUCGACUGGACCUCCAUCGGUGGCUCGACCAUGUGGCUCCCUCUCUCAGCCCAGCUUUGCAAUUUUGCCGGUGUGAUCGUCUCCUACUGGAUCAUGUUGCCCAUCUUUUGGGUCCUGAAUACCUGGGACAUGAAGACGUUUGUUCGUCCCCUCACCCCUCGUCUGUAUUUCAGCAACGGCACCCGGUUCUACGUUCAAGAUUUCCUCAACGACGAUUUUUCGCUCAACGAGGACCUCUAUGAAGCUGCCGGCGACAAGGCCAUGAUGACCCCCCUCUAUGCCUUGGGCUUCUUUUUCUCCUUUGUUGCCUUGGCCGCCUGUGUCUCUCAUGUCAUUGUCUUUAACAGUUCAACCAUCCUCAAGAGCUGGCGCUCGGCUGUUGGGGACAAGAACGAGGAUAUCCAUACCAAGAUGAUGAGAGUCUACCCUGAAAUCCCUCAACUCUGGUACGCCGGAUUCUACGUCAUCAUGCUCGGUCUCUCGAUGAUGGUCUGCGAGGUCUAUGGGCUUCAGCUCCCCUGGUGGGGCAUGAUCGUCGCCUGUAUUCUGGCUUGGCUCUUGACGUUGCCAAUUUGCGCGAUGACGGCCAUCACAGGAUACGGUCCCGGUCUGAACGUCAUUACAGAGCUGGUUUGCGGCUACAUGCUCCCCGGAAAGCCCAUCGCCAAUAUGGCCUUCAAGUGCUAUGGUUACAUGGCCAUGGCUCAGUGUAUGACCCUCCUCUCGGACCUUAAGCUGGGCCACUACAUGAAGAUCCCUCCUCGUGCUAUGUUCGUCUCCCAGCUCUGGGGUACAAUUGUCGGCGGCGUCUUCAACUACGUCGUCAUGAUCGCCAUCAUCGACGCACAGCGCCCUUUCCUCGACGGUACCGUAGAUGACCCUGCUGGCCUUUGGACCGGUGCCAGCCCCAGCAUCUUCUGGGGCUCCGCUCAGAUCUUUGGUGCCCUAGGCCCGCAACGCAUGUUCAGCUCGGACGGCCUGUACGGAUACGUCUACUACGGUUUCCUCAUCGGUGCCAUCCUCCCCAUUAUCCUCUGGGUCCUUUCCAAGAAAUGGCCCACCGUCCCCUGGCACAAGAUCAACUGGGCGAUCAUUGCUGGAGGCAUGGGCGCCUACCCCAACGGCUACAUCAACGGGGUCACCGGUUCCCUCAUCGUCUGUCUCGUCUGGCAGUGCUGGCUCUACAGAUACCACAAGAACUGGUGGUCAAAGUACACCUUCAUCCUCUCGGCUGCCCUCGACACGGGCGCCGCAUUUACGGGUCUCUUUUUGUUUGUGUUCAUCUCUGGCGGUGUCAGUGAUAAGCUGAAGUUUGAUGCUCCUAGUUGGUGGGCCAAUUAUGUUUUUGAGGAUGGUAAUGGCGAGUUCUAUGCGAUUGAUCGGUGUGGGUCGUCUGGUAACUGGACUGGCGGUCUUCCUUAG